GAGGGUGAAAGAGGAUCUGUUUUACUUUUGUUUCUUGAGUGCAGGGCAGAGGACAGGGGAAGAGCUCUUCACACAAGUUUCCGUGACAGAGACCCAGAGAAAGACCUCAAGGAUGGCAAAGACAGUUCUGUUUUCUGAUCUGGAUCUUUCAGACCUAUAUCCAGAUGCUAAUUACAGUGACUAUGACUACUACGGCACUUUCAACCCUAACAGCGUAGCAACAAAAGCACCCUGCGGAAUCGAUGUUAUGCCACUAGUGUUCAAAUACCUAGUGGCAUUCAUCUAUGGCCUGACAUGCCUUCUGAGCCUGAUGGGGAACUCCCUGGUGAUUCUGGUGAUUGCCUAUAGCAAAGGAAACCGUUCGGUCACUGAUGUGUAUCUUCUGAACCUCGCCAUUGCCGAUCUCCUCUUUGCCCUCACCUUGCCUUUCUGGGCUAUAGAUAGAGCACAUGAAUGGAUCUUUGGCACUCCCAUGUGCAAAAUCCUGUCACUCCUGAAGGAAGUCAACUUCUACAGUGGCAUCCUCCUGCUGUCCUGUAUCAGCAUAGAUCGCUACCUGGCAAUAGUUCAUGGUACUCAGGCAGUCACUCAGAAGAGGAGCUGGGUCAGAUUUGUCUGUGCUGGCAUCUGGCUGCUCUCCUUCCUCCUCUCCCUUCCUGUAAUUAUCUUCCAUGAGGCUUUCUUGCCAACCGAGGAGAUGAAAUGGGUUUGUCAUGAAAAUAUUGGAUGGAAUCAAAUAUCUGGCAUUAGGGCAAAACUGAGAAUCCUGCCACAAACGUUUGGCUGCAUUCUUCCCUUGAUCAUCAUGUUCUUCUGCUAUGGUGUGAUGGUACACAGACUCUACCAGACCAAGAACAGUAAAAAAAAGAAGGCCAUGAAAGUCAUCUUGGCUGUGGUGCUGGUCUUCCUGGUCUGUUGGCUGCCCUACAAUAUCUCUUUGCUUCUUGAUAUGUUAAUGAGGUCUGGAGCUAUUGGUGAAACCUGUGACCUUCGCAACAGCAUUGAUACAGCCCUUUCGGGUACUGAAAUCUUGGGAUUUGCUCACAGCUGCGUAAACCCCAUCAUAUAUGCCUCCAUAGGGCAGAAGUUCCGGAACAACUUCCUCAAGAUCCUGGUCACAAGAGGCAUCAUCAGCAAAGAAGCCUUGACUCUAUUUAGAAAGGGUUCCUCCUUCUCAUCUACCUCUCUGUAAUAGGCUGGGGGGAAGAAAAAAUGGGAUGGAAUCAAACAUCUGAAAUGAGGGUGAAACAGAAUCCUGCCACAAAUGUUUGGCUUCAUUCUUCCUUUGAUCAUCAUGCUCUUCUGUGCCAUGCAUAUUAUAUAUAGUUUCUUAUAAACAAUCCAAACCAUCUCUUGUUCUGCUAAAGCCAUUCUGUCCAAAAUAGAAUCCUGUGAUAAAAUUUUGACUGGAUGUAGCUAUCAUUUCUAUAUGAGCUUAACUAAAAAUAAAAUACACAGAGCAAGGAAACUUAAUCCCCUCUCUACCUUUAAUUCCUUAUUUUGUAGAACUGCCUUUUGUAUAUUUUAAAUUGAAUGUGGUCAUCAUAGAAAUAUGAUUUUGCUGUAAUCUUGACUGCAGAGCUAUGAUCAAGUCAGUAACUGACCCCUUAGCAACUGCUUUAAAUGCAUCCCAUUGCACAAACAAACCUGUUCCUUCAUAAGGAUUGUUCAUUACUGAAAAUGUGGUUCAUGAAUGACCUAACUUGAAACAUUUGAAGCCAACUACAUUUCAAGUCACCCAACUUUUUAUGGGGAGAAGCUUCUGUUAUAGGUCAGGAAAUACAGCAUCCGUAGUAUGUAGGAAGCUUCCUUUUUGGCCUGCUGAACUCCAUCUGCGUAUCUUCCCUUGCCCAGGGGGUGAGGGUAGUGUGCUAUUUAGUGGUGGAUAAGAUCAGCCUUUCCCAUCUCAGUGAUUUGCAUUUUAUGAGACAUUGUUAUUUGAGCCAAGAGUCUUUAUGAUCCCUAUUAAAACAAUUAUGUGGUUCUACCUGUCAGCAGGACUUCAGUUACCAAUGUAUCUAAAAGGCGAGAGACACCCCCAAAGCUAACAGGAGGGGCCAGAAGGACAAUAUUUGUUCUCUCUGUGUGAAAACAUUCACAGAAAAACAAAUCAAGCUUUAUGAAAGCAGAAAUAGGCUUUUGGGAACAACUCCUGAGAACGUUAUUUGCAAGUCAAGCAUGGCCAAGGUGGGCAGUCCCCAAAUGAAGGAGCAGGGCCUUUCUUGGCUGGGAAUUCAACUCGGGGCAUGAUGGCAGUACAGUCUUCAAGGGUCACCAGGCAGAAAUGUGAUGGAGAAGCUAGGCUCUACAUCUGACUUCUUAGCAUUUAGGGCAACACCACUAAUAGGACACAGUGCAGAGCUGGAGCUGGAGCAGUAGUCAUGAUCAGGCAGAAGCCAUGUUUCUGAAGCAGUUUUUCCCAAGCAGGUGCUUUCCAGAUGUUUUUGACUACAGUUCCCAUCAGCCCCUGCCAGUUGGCUGAUGGAAGUUGUAGUCCAAAACAUUUGGAGGGCACUAGGUUGGAAAAGGCUUCUGUAAAGGGUGUGACUAUGAAACAGAAUUUGCAGAGGAUAUGUGCAUUUUUGGUCAGGAGCCACAAUUGCAACAGAAAUCACAUAAACUGGCUAGCCAGCCUGACAGUGAGGUGUGAAAAGAUCAAGUAUAAUCUUUGUAGCAAAAACAACACAAGAGUCUUGUGGCACCAAAGGCUAACAUAUUUAUUAUGGCAUCAGCUUUUGUUUACCAGUGGUCAUACCCACAAAUAUAUGCACACACAGAGUAUUAGGUUUUUUUAUUUUAAAAAUGGUAAACAGUGUGGCCAAAUGGUUAUCAAAUACCC